AUGGCGGUGAAGCAGCAGCAAGAGGAGGACGACGGAGGUCCGAAACCGAUGGUGGAGAUCAAUAACCUCAAAUUCACCUACCCAGGAAUCGACGGCCAUCCUCCGCCUGGCUCUACUCCUUUGAUCCAGGAUUUUUGCCUCACUCUUUAUCCCGGCGAUCGUUGCCUUCUUGUGGGAUCCAAUGGCGCAGGAAAGACUACGAUUUUGAAGAUUUUGGGGGGAAAGCAUAUGGUGGAGCCUGAGAUGGUGAGGGUCCUGGGAAGAUCAGCAUUUCAUGACACUGCUCUCACUGUUUCUGGAGACCUCUGUUACCUAGGUGGAGAGUGGAAAAGAGAAGUUGCAUUCGCUGGGUUUGAGGUCUCCAUUCAAAUUGAUGUUUCUGCUGAGAAAAUGAUAUUUGGUGUAGGGGGUGUUGAUCCUCAAAGACGAGAGGAACUGAUUAAGGUGUUAGGUGUAGAUCUCUCAUGGCGGAUGCACAAAGUGUCUGAUGGUCAGAGAAGAAGAGUUCAGAUAUGUAUGGGUCUACUUAAGCCGUUCAAGGUUCUUCUUUUAGACGAGAUCACAGUUGACCUAGAUGUCCUUGCGAGGGCUGACCUUAUGAAAUUUUUGAAGAAGGAAUGCCAAGAGCGUGGUGCUACAAUCAUUUAUGCAACCCAUAUUUUUGACGGUCUCGAGGAUUGGCCUUCUUCGAUCGUGUAUGUCGCUCAUGGGAGAUUGCAAUUAGCAAUGCCGAUGGAAAAGGUCAGAGAGAUGAGCCAGCUCUCAUUAAUGAGAACAGUAGAAAGUUGGCUGAGAAAAGAAAGAGAUGACGACAGGAGAAGAAGGAAAGAGAGGAAGGCAAAAGGUCUUCCAGAGUUCGAGAGCAAAGUUGAUGGCAGUCGGGUGACUGGGGGGCCAGCCCGUGCCCUCAACAAUGGGUGGGCCGGGGGCAGGAUGCAUUCCACUAUUGCUGGUGAAGAUAAUUUCUUCUUGAGCUCAAACAGGAUUGCUGAAACCUACAUCGGGUCAGAGGUGAAAGAUGCUGUUGUUACCGUCCCAGCCUAUUUCAAUUAUUCACAGCGUCAGGCCACAUUGGAUGCUGGAAAAAUCGCAGGUGUUAAUAUUCUCCGUAUUAUCAAUGAACCAACAGCUGCUGCAAUCGCUUAUGGACUAGAUAAUCGUUCCAGCAUAAUGGGCAAGAGGAAUGUUCUUAUCUUUGACCUUGGUGGUGGUACUUUUGAUGUCUCGGUUCUCACCAUUAAAAGUGGUAACAUUGAAGUCAAGGCUACAGGUGGUGACACUCACCUCGGUGGGGAGGAUUUCGACAAUCGAAUGGUGAACCAGUUUAUUAACGAAUUCCAGAGGAAACACAACAAGGAUAUCAGUGGCAAUCCUAAAUCAUUAAGAAGAUUAAGAACUGCUUGUGAAAGGGCCAAGAGAAUCCUUUCCUCUUCUGCCGAGACACUGAUUGAUAUAGAUUGCUUGUUUGAAGGUAUUGACUUUUCAGCACUUAUAACACGAUCCAAAUUUGAGGAGUUGAACAAAGAUUUAUUUGUCAAGUGCAUUGAGACAGUCGAAAAGUGUUUGGUGGAUGCCCAGAUGAAUAAGAAUGCUAUAGACGACGUUGUCAUGGUGGGGGGUUCAAGCAGGAUUCCGAAAGUUCAACAGAUAUUAAAAGACUUGCUAAAUGGGAAGGAGCUCUGCAGAAACAUCAACCCAGAUGAAGCUGUUGCCUACGGUGCAACUAUUCAAGCCGCAAUCUUGAGUGGGCGGGGGAAUGAGAAUAUUGAAAAUCUUGUACUUGCUGAAGUUACUCCGUUAUCUCUUGGAGUUGAGACCAAAGGAGAAGUUAUGAAUUCUCUGAUUCCCAGGAAUACUGUCAUUCCUACCAGAGUAACAAAACCAUUCACUUGUAGCAGUGAUAACAGUUCUUCUGUGCUAGUGAAAGUGUUUGAAGGCGAGAGGGCGAGAACAAGUGACAACAAUCUGUUAGGCGAAUUAGUGCUCACAGGCAUCCAAAUAGCGCCAAGGGGAAUUCCCAAACUGGAGGUCAUCUUUGACCUGCAAGCCAAUGGCAUUUUGAGUGUAUCUGCGCGGGAUGAAAUCACAGGGAGCAAGAAAGACAUCAUUAUCAAGAGUGGGAGAUUGUCAAGGAAUGAGAUUGAUAUGAUGAUCAUAGAAGCUAACAAGUUCAAGGCUGAGGAUGAAAAGCACCGGAAGAAGAAUGCUGCAAAGCUGGCAUUAUUGAAUUACCUCUAUCAAAUGAGGGAUGGCAUAAAGAACAACGUCGAGAAAAGGGAUGCUGAAGAAGCAAUGAAGAAGGCAUUUGAAUGGUUGGAUGAAAAAGAAGAGCUUGCGGAGGUUCAUGAAUAUGAAGAGAAAAAGAAGGCACUGAUGCGCAUUUGGAAACCAAAUGUUGCCGGUGGUAACAGGGAGGGGGAAGCGCCUUGUCGUCGCGAAAAUUGA